AUGAGCAAUCACAUGACGGUGAUGGAAUUCCUUGACCUGGGGUUCUCGGAGGUCUGGGAGCUGCAGCUUGUCCAUGCCAUGCUGUUCCUCCUGGUCAUUCUGGUGGCCCUGGCAGGAAAUCUCCUCAUCUUUGCUAUCAUGGUCCUUGACUCGCACCUCCACACCUCCAUGUACUUCUUCCUCAGGAACCUGUCCAUCCUCGAUCUCAUCAUCAUCUCAGCCACCAUCCCCCAAUCCAUCAUCAACCUGUUGACUGACACAAAGUCCAUCUCUUUCUUAGGCUCUGGUGUCUCUGGACGUUUUCCUCCUAGUGAUCUGCCCCAUCUCUUAAUAAUAAUUGUGGAAUUUGUUAAACUCUGA